CUGACACUUGUUCCUUUGAAUGUCCAUUGUGGGAUAUAGCGAUUCUAUUCAGGUCUUGACUUAUUGAUCGUCACGUGACGCGGAUGUUUACAACAAGGCACGUGGAGCGUCUCUGCUGUGUUUGGUUUACUUGUUGAGUUUGCCCCUGUCGGCCGCGCUGGCUCGCUGGCCCUAUACUCAGUAUUAAAGCUUGGCUGAGGAUCAGUACACCGGAUUACCACCAUGGAUGACGAGGUGAACGAUAUGCACACGACCCAGGCUCCGAUUGUCGUCGAUGAGACGGAGACAGUCAGUUUUGAGCACAAGGUGGAACCAGCUACCAAACCCGAUUCGACCGAAGACGACACACAAGCAGACGCAGUAGCCGAAGUUCGAGGAGACACGUGCUGUGACAAAUUCCUGAGAUGUUUAUCGCACGUUCCAUGCGCGUCUCUCAUCGCCUGGAUUAUCCUCUUCAUGGGGCUUGGCGGGGUGACCGGAAGUCUCCUCAUUGGGACUUACAAGACAAGAGCUCUCUUGGAGAACCCUGACGUGCGAAGUGUCCAUGAGUAUAACGUCGACAACGGCACUAUCAGCAGGAAAAUAGAUGAACCCAUGGAGGGACAGAUGCUAUGGUUCGUGGAGCUGAUGCUGAUCGGCGUGGUGGUGUCCAUGUUUGUACUGGGGACGCUGUUUCUCCUGUGUGGACAUCUCUCCACUGACCCCACGAGCCGAAGGGUCUUCAACUCCUCCGCCAAGAACAGGUGCGCCCGGGGACUCAACAUCUUUCUUCUGAUGUUCGUGUACUUCCUGACCCUGGUGUGGAUUCUGGCCCUGGCUCUACUGACCGUUCCCCUGGUGCUGCUGGGCCUGAUGUUCAUCCUCACUGAACACAUGGGCGUCAACUGCAUAGAUCUCAAGAACUACGGAUUCUCGGAGAGAAAUAUGUGUGGCGAAGAGCUCGACGUCUUUACAACCAAGGCCAAGGAUGUGCUCGUCUGUUAUUCCGCUUGCUACUUCUCUGCUCUGCUGGUGGUCGUCAGCUUGAUCCACUUCCUGAUCUCGAUCAGCGCUAACAUCACUCACCUGAAGGACAACCGGUUCGUCACGCUUAACGCCUACGACACUGAGGAGCAUUCCAAACACUCCGUCCUGGACACCAACAUGUAGUCACACCCAACAGUGGUUGGAUAGAGUGCAAUAUUUUUCAAAAGAAACUUUACACCGUGCCUGAGACCUGAGUGCAACAUCAACAGCUGCAGACUCUAGGGGGACAUAGCAAUAACAAGCCAGUUGGGAGCAGUCCAGGACCUACAGCAACACCACAGGAACAUACUGGAGGAGGUCCUGUUGGACGAUAUUGGAGGUCCUUGUGGAUUACUUUGGAGGUCCUUGUGGAUUACUUUGGAGGUCCUUUUGGAGCAAAUUGAAGGUCCUUGUGGAUUACUUUGGAGGUUUUCGUGAAAUGUUUAAGAGGUCCUUGUGGAACAUGCUUGAACAGCUAGAUGUGCUUGUGGAAUAACUGGGAGUGCCUAGAAGAGCUUGUGGAAUACUUGGGUACAUCUGAUAAUGCUUGUGGAACAUCUGGCAGAAUGUAGCAGAGCUUGGGGAGGAUAUGGUAACAUCUAGAGCUUGUUAAACAUCUGGAGAUCUGUGUGUAACAUCUCGUAAAGGUCUUCGGCAUUGAUGAGUCUCAUGGCAUUUCUGGUCCUUGUUGUACAUCUAUGAGACCUUGUUGUACACUUGGAGAAUCCUCUGUCAAAUCUGUAGUGCUUGAUACAUAUGCUUGUGGGUGGAGGUGAAGGUCAACAGGAUAUUGUUACAUGGAGUGAUUAACUUCAGGAUCUUAGAAGAUCCAUUUGUGCUGUCUGGACCAUGGAUAUUUAGUGAAGAAAAUAAACUUUGUUUAUCUUACGGAGACAUACCUUGAGUUUGACAAGAGGACAUUUGAAGGGUGUGUGGAACUACCUCGUGGGUUCUGUUCAAAUUAUCUUUUACAGAAAGCAUUGCCUAUCUGGAUAUUAUCCCUCAUUACAUGAGAAAAGGAGUCCGGUGAGAUCAUUACACGGACAUUAAGGAUGAACACUGUGACUUUAUAGCAUUAUCUUCACGUUUCUGGAAAGGACAAUAUUUAUAGACACAUAAGGAAUGGCUUAUGCUAAAUGACACCAAAAUCUAUUUUGAAUCACUAUCCAAGAUGAUUGGUCUCCAUGGUCAUCUGGGAGAUUCUCUAUCACUGCCCGCAGCACUGUAUGUGGAUUAUAUGUGCCAAGAAACUGAAGUGGUCUUGCAUGACCACAACACCUCUUCAUACAACCAUCAACACACCUCCGACAGAUUGCACUGAAAUCAGACAUCUUGACAUUCAUCUGCUCCCAAGUUGUCCCCCUUUUCGUGGGAUCAAAGAGCCUGUCUCUAUCAACCCACUCAUGUUCAUCCCAAAACAGGUCAAGGUCAAGGUCACGGUGACAGAAGUCAACCUGCACAAAAAUCAGUUCCACUGAUGACUCUUACAUGUGACCAUUUUAACUACACAUUUCCAUACAAGUGUUUUCUAUGUCUGUAGGCUGACUUACAUGAUGUUAGUGCUUGGCGUGAUCGGCCAUUUUGUUCUAGUUUUUUUAAUGGUCCUGUUGAUACUUUUGCUCAACUUGCCAGCAGACGUCUCCAGAAAUACUCAAAUCUGAUGUUGGACACAUCUCCAUAUGAGGACGCUAUUACUCAAGAAUCAUUGUGCAUGGUUUAUACUGAAACGCGAAAUGAGAAUCGGAGAUAGUUGGUACCAGGGCAGCAAAUGGAUGCCUUGAUUUUUUAACAGAGUGUUGACAGUAGAGGAAAUGAUAUCACUAGUCAUGCUGUUUCUGUUUCAAUCUGCUGUCUCUGUGUUCAUGUAGCUAUUGUUCACAUUAUCCAAGUCUACAUGUUAUUGUAUGCCAAAUCUAUACAGCAUGUGCCUAUAUAUCCAGCUUAAUUUGCCCAUAAUGGAAAUCCGGAAACAAAAAUUCAACCAAGGAAACAUGUAAAUAGGUGCUUUUUAUACUAACCAAGUACGAAAGUAUAGAAAUAGAAAGAUAUCGUUGUUACAAAUCAAACCGAAAUUGUUAAGUCUUUUGCAGUAGCAAUACUACAAGAUUAAUCCCAAAGGAUGAUGGGCCUAUGCAAAACAAAACUAAUGUAAAAAGGUAAAUGUUGUUCAUUUUAUAAUAUUUGUCUCAUGUUAGUUAUGAAGUUUUUAUAAUAAAUAUUCAAUAAAUCAAAUAAAUAAAAUCAGGGUAUUUGUCUGCAGGUUAUCAAAGAUUAAGGCGAGGGUAUUCAAUCGGU